CCCACUCACUCUCUCCCCUCCCCCCCACGAACUUCCUCUUCUCGAUCUAUCUCCAACUAUCGACCAUCGACGACCAUCUCGAUCAUCACCCCCUCCCCAUUUGCGACUUGGGUUCGAAAAACUAUGAUCUGGCAGCGAUACACCAUCAACAAACACUGCUCGCUGACGUCCUGAGUGGCUUCACACGCUUCUCUAGAGACGACGGCCCUCCCGCGAUCCUGAUGCUUCAGCACGACUGUCGCACCCCCAUCUGGAUGCCAUAGGAGCCCGAAGCCGAGCAUGGAUCCAAGUCACAUCACUGAGUUCGCCAGUCCGCGGUACUUUGAGAAGUUAAAUUCGCUACACGAUGCUGUCGACAAUGCGAGCAACCCCCAGGCUGCUGACGCCGCCGCUGGCACGUCGCAGACCUCAACAUUCAGCCUACCCAUAAGGAACCCGCGCCCGCCGGGAGCGCGAAGGAGGAGAAGCGGCGAUACCGAUCGAUCCGGGGAUGGAAAGAGGAGGCUGCUGGUGCCGGAGGUUACGUCGAAGGCCCCGAGGAAACCGAGCUUCACAUCAUCUCUUACGAACUUCAGGUUCAAGGUCUCGCAUAAGGGAACGUCGCAUCAAGUUGGGCACGAGUUCAUCUUUGAAGAAGGGCCCGUAAAGCAACAACUUACUCUCGGCGACCGAUUCCUUGGACUUCCGAACGAACUUCAACUCCAGAUUAUGAACACCCUUCCCAUGCCGACGGUUCUCAACCUCAGGCUUGUCUCGAGAUCCUUCAAUUCCUUUAUUUCAAUGAAUGAGUCGCCCAUAUCGCGGCAUCAUCUUACCCACAGCGUCCCUCACUACGCCUUACGAUUAUACCCAGUCCCCGAUUCGAAACUCUUCACCCUACAUUACCUUUGCGGACUUUGGCACCGCCUUCAUGUCGCAUCUAAACUUGCAGACCUUAUCGCUGAGCAUACGACUCAGGAAAUAUUCCUUCGCGACACCGAAGCAAAACGGCGCGAAUUCGAACCGCAACAUAAACGUAUGCGGUUACGUUUAAUGCCAUUACUAUUUACUAUGUUUCAUUUCUUCGAAAAGUACCGAGAGCUUCACCUAAAACACCUGGAAUCGAAUGGAAUACCCCUACGACAUCAGCCUUUCACCUUGAACCCGAUAGAGCGCCAGGUUAUGAACAUGUACGACGACCAAACACUACUUCAAUUACACCAAGUCUUCCCGCUAGUCCUCUCAUCCUUCUCUCGGCGCCUGCGACCUCCAUCGUACGCCGGUAGACUGGAGCGUUCGAUCAAGGGUUAUUUAAAAGACAAGCCAGCCGAUGAGAUUUACGCGACGAUAAUAUUAAUAGGAGGUCUGCGGCAGGCAGAACGGUUUUGGGAGAUGAAGGGAUACAACUCGAGACGAGCAGCUGUCGACAGCUGGUACAGCUCCGUCACCCGGGAACCCAUGGAGGCCCCUCCCAAGUCGAGAUUAGCCAUAUUAGGUCUCGGACGGAAGAAGUCUGUCACGUCUCACCCCGAUGUCGCGGCUAUGGAAGGGCUGUCGCUACACGACCCGGGGAGUUGCAACGAGUGGGACUGCGUUCAGCCCGCUUGUAUGGAUGCACGCGCACACCGUACCCCUAGCCACACGAUAUUCCACACAAGCCUUGCCGCCGGGCCACCUAUGAGCCCGCUGUCGCGUGAUCAGUUAAGGCCGUUGCUCCUAGACCAACAGCCGUUGACGAACAUCUGGCUUCACACGGCCGAGGCGCUCAUCCUGGAGCGCGGGAUAGUCGAGUGUUCCCUGAAGAUUAAGAGGAACACUCAGGUCCUGUUGGAGCUGAUCAAGGAGGAUGGAGGCGUGGACGAGGAAUGGGCACCUGGAUUGUCACAGGCCUCGCGGCACGCCUUACAUCACCCUAUUGGAGCUGGUGGUGCUUAUUUGGGCGCACACGAGAUGUAGGGAAGCAUUUAUCAAUGGCGUUGGUGUGAGCGUAUAUAUAAGGAGCAGGGGCGUCGGUCUCGGUAUUGAGGCAUAGAUAUCAUAUAUGAUGUUGCCAUGUUGGAGACGUAUACUCCACUGGGAAACAUGGUUUUUUUGGAUGGAUCAUUGUAGCAGAUCACUCCUUGUAGCAAACAGCUUUUGCUGGAUGAAAUGAAAUACCUUUUGUUUGUCAACUGUUGACUCUAUUGUUACUAUGCUGGACUUGAUGCGGAUGAAGUUUCCCCAGCGCGUAACGCACAUAUAUGCCUUAAUUCGGACUCCUGUCAUUUCUCUGAAUGGGGCUCAAUAUUGAUUGACCAGUGACGCACGAAUCACAGCAGGUCGAGGCUGAACCCCCCAGCCCAGACCUAAGCGAUGACCACCCGAGUGUGUUGUUCGCGAUGACCCUACCCGCGCGCCCAGAUAAGGGACCUCACCUCAAACUCACACUCCUCCACACGGCCACAAGGCAUGGCGCCUCGCUCUCCCGCGCCCACGCCCACAACUUUGAAAUGGCGACAAUGUCCGGGCUCCAGCCCAGCGGCAUUGUCUCUUCGAACACCUCCUCCUUUGGCCAAUUCCGCCUCACCACCUUCGUUGACGCGCAUCCAAAUCCCGCCUCCACCAACACCGGUGGAGUAGUCGCAAACGCCCCCGACAACAGCGCAGCUGCUUCCUUACCCCCCCAAUCCUCCGCAAUGGCAGCAAACACCCCCUCCAGCGACGCGCCUACACAGCUCCUGCGCCCCUCAUCCAACCCCUCACCGAACCCCAGCGCCUCCCCCCUCGCCCCCACAACCUCCACCCCCUCAAGCACCACCCACGCCGCCCCC